AGACCAUCCUUCUCUUAUCAUGCCUUGAUACCGGCCUUGACAACAACCAGCUUACGGGGGAGCUGCCCUCCUUCCACCACAUGCCCAAUCUCACUGAGCCAUACAGUCUACAUGUUCACAACAACUACUUCACGACCACACCAGACCCUUCGGAUACCCACAUGUUGUGUCUGUUGCACCACAACUGCCUUCACGGCAGCACAACCGACUGCACCAGUUGGCAGGACCAGAGGCGAGCCAGCGAGUGCCGGGCGUUCUGUGGGGCGCAGCCGCUCACCCCGCCGUGCAGCGGCCAUGGCGUGUGCUUCAUUGAGCCUGAUUCCUCUCGCGACAUGACUGCCUGCUAUGAUGAUGUUUAUGACCCGCCGCCACCCUACUGUACACCUGAGGGCCAGUGCGUCUGUGAUGAGGGGUACACACCAGGGACAAAGGCUGGCACGUGCGUCCCUCAUGUCCCUGCAGUGGUGGGGAUGGCUCCGUUUGCUCUCCAGAUGCCUGGAAACCUGCUGCUGCUGCUGCUGCUGCUGCUGCCACUGGCGGUGCUGGUGCUGCUGGCCUUCUCACUGCCGCAGCUGCUGAGGCGCCUCAAGAAUCGACCCCCCACACGCUACUUCUUUUCAAAGAGAGCCCUUGCUGCCCGGCAAGCUGCCAUGGGUGUGGAGAUUACUCGCUAG